GUGAGAGAUAGAUAUAAAUAAGUUUCCAAAGAAAAAAACACAUAUAGGUAGAUACUGUGUGUGCUUGCUUAGAUUCUUUGUGUGGGUGCCUCUUUGAAAAUUGAAGAUCUUUACUUCAGAUUCAUGGCGGCAAACCAACCGCAGGGUGCAGAUCGUACAUCUGACUCAUCUAAGUCACUGAGCGUACUGAUCAUGGAUGCAGAAGAGAAACCUGCUGAACCGGAUACCAUGAAGGAGCAGGAUGCUGGGCCAAUAGGUCAUCCAAGGGAAGCAGCAGCUCAGCCGGGUUCUUUUAACGUUGCUGGAGAUCCCUCAGUUUUCCCAGCUAAUGUGUAUUCUCCUCAGGGACAGCAAACCUUCUACUAUAGAGGUUAUGAAAAUGGAACUGGUGAGUGGGAGGAGUAUCCUCCAUACCUCAAUUCUGAAGGAUUGGAGAUCACUUCUCCAGGUGUCUACAAUGAGAAUCAUCCGUCUCUUGUCUAUCAUUCUGGGUAUAGCUACAAUCCGCAAAUGCCAUACGGACCCUACUCUCCAGUCACAACACCCAUGCCUUCUGGAGGCAGAGAUGGACAAUUAUAUUCCCCCCAGCAAUUUCCUUUUUCAGGGCCACCUUAUUAUCAGCAGCUUGGACCUCAUAGUAUGCCAUACAUUACUUCACCGACUCCAGGUUCGCAGCCAGACCUCACCACCUUAGUUGGUAUUGAUCAGCCAGGUGACAGCAUGCUUUUUGGACCAAGGCCCAGUUAUUCUCCAGUGGGAUCCUAUGGUAGAGGCAAUUUUCCUGGAAAUCCAGGUAGUUUUGGUUAUCAUGAUAUGCAUCAAGGAUUUGAUGGAUUGAGAUCUGGAGGACUUUGGUCAGACUGGUCAAAACCCUCGGACAGGCAGAGAUCUUAUACUCCCUUUUCACCAUCAGUAUCUCCGCAGCCAAUUGGCUCAGUUGGCUCCUAUGGGCAGAAUGUCGGAAUGGGAUCUCAACACCAAAGGUCGAUGUAUGGUUAUGGAUCUGGUUCAAACUCUUACAACAGGGGUUACAUUUCCAAUGGUUUUAAUCAGGGCUCAAGCCUUGGAAGUGCGUCCUUUUCCAGUUUUGGAGCCAACAACCGAGGCUUUAUGUCGUUAGAAACUAGCAAGAGGCAUGUGAGAGGCACCAGUCCAAUAUGCAGUUGCAAUGCUCCCCUUGAUAUUCUUUGUGAGCAGAACCGAGGACCAAGGGCGUCAAAGCCAAAAGCACAACUCAUUGCUGAUAAUUCAGUGGAGAAUACUAAACUUAAUACACCUACAACCAAGGUUCAUGAUGAAACGUACAACCAGCCAGAUUUUGUAACAGACUACAAAGAUGCCAAGUUCUUUAUCAUCAAAUCUUACAGUGAAGAUAAUGUUCACAAGAGUAUCAAAUACGGUGUCUGGGCAAGCACACCAAAUGGUAACAGAAAGUUGGAUGCUGCCUAUCAUGAAGCUACAGAGAAGCAGGAGAGCUGCCCAAUUUUUCUCUUGUUUUCGGUGAAUGCCAGUGCUCAGUUCUGUGGGGUGGCUGAAAUGAUUGGACCUGUUGAUUUUGACAAGAGUGUGGAUUACUGGCAGCAAGACAAGUGGAGUGGGCAGUUCCCUGUCAAGUGGCAUGCUAUUAAGGAUGUCCCUAACAGUCAGUUUCGUCACAUUGUUCUUGAAAACAAUGAUAACAAGCCAGUAACUAACAGUCGAGAUACUCAAGAGGUAAAACUGGAGCAGGGAAUUGAGAUGUUAAAUAUUUUUAAGAAUUAUGAAACAGAAAUGUCCAUUCUAGAUGAUUUUGAUUUUUAUGAAGAUCGUCAGAAGGCAAUGCAAGAGCGGAAGGCCCGACAGCAAGCCAGUCUGAUUACUAGUGUGGUCGGAGAAAAUGAGCACAGAAAUGCUGUUCAAAUUCCUACAGAUUUCAUCAAGCACAUGUCAAAGAGUUUUGCUCAAGUGGUCCGCUUGGACGAGGGUACUAAAGAAGCUGUUUCUGACGGUCCCAUUGGCUCGAGGGUGAAACUUGAAGAUGCAAUUCCAGUGUCCGUCUCUUCUGCUCAGAUCAGUUAGGAAGACGAGAAUGCUCGGAAUGUAUGUGACAAACUUCAUCACUAUCAGUUUUUGAUUAACUUGUUAUUAGGUUGCUGAUGUCUCUGUAUUCAUAAAAAGUGCAUCAGUAUCUGAAAGAAGGGCUUUUUACCAGUUUCACGAAGCCUGAUGACGGGCUUCAUGUAUCAUAUGCGUCCUGGGUUGCUUUCGCUUUCAAUUGUUAGUCAGUAGCUCCAUAAGAUAUGCAUUUUGAGUGAAAGUAGUUUUCUUGAAGAUAUUGGCUCAUGUUUUGGCUAUGUAAAGCUUACCAUCUUUGCAGGCAGUUUAAUAAUAUGCAGCAAAAAGACCUUGUAAAGGAAAAAAAAAACCUCCAUUGUUAUAGUUUGCUUUUGAUGCUUAUUUGAUUU